AUGCGCACACCGAACGAUGAAGCAGCAUGCAGGUAUGCUUCAGACGAGAUCACAGCCACCGCGACGAUCGCAGAGUUCAGACUAGGCAAGUCUACCGACGACAGGAUGGAUAACGAAAGGAAGCUGGUCCAGGCAGCGACCGAAAUCUUGUUCAACGAUCCCUGUAGACGCUGUGUCAGCGGCAUCACCAUUGAAGGCAGCAGCCUCCGUUUCUUUAAGUUUUUGCGCUCCCAUGUCCAGUGCUCGACUGGCUUCAACUUCCACAAGGAACCACGACAACUAGCGUGGUUUUUCCUUUUUGCGAUGUAUGGUUCUAUGGAGGCCCUCGGUUAUGACCUCUCGGUUGAACGCAUCCCCUCCGAGGCUGACGACGGCACAGCCAGGGCCAGGUAUGACUUCCGUUAUUCAACCGAGGGCCGCAUGUUCCAGACAGACGGUGAUCCCAUAUCGGAGGAAAGAGCACACAAGAUCGUGUCCCGCGCGACUCGGGUCUGGAAGGUGAAGGAAAUUCGCACAAACAACGGACAGAUAUUCGAGCCCUUGGAGUUCCUCCCUGGCGAGAAGGUACUGAAGGACGUCUGGUCGUACAGAAACGCUCUCUUGGAGGGCGAAAUCCAGGCCAAGAUCUUCAAGGAGCUACGCGACGGCGCGGAGGAGGCACAACAGUACUUUCUCACUAUUCUCGUCGACCACGUCGUCUUGCUAAGCAACGGGGAGCGGGACAUCACCCCCAUGUGCCCAGGAGGGAAAAUGGUGGAGUGGACACGAUCUGACUCUCCAUUCCUUUCUCGCUCCAGAUCGUCCAUGCAAGCUUGUUCAGACACGAUGUCUGGCCAGAAGCCUGCAAAUCCCGAGGGCAACGCACUGAAAAGUAGCCUCUGCCGCAAGCACGUUCGAACUGUCUUUGAAGGGUGCUGCAAGAGUGUGUAUGAGCUGAGCGACGUCUCCAACUUCCUCCGAUGCGUCACCGGUUGCGCAAAAGCCCUGGAAUUUAUGCAAAAAGCAGGCUUCGUCCAUCGCGACGUCAGCGCAGGAAACUGUCUCUACGAUCCAGUCAAGAACGUAGGCAGGUUGGCAGACCUGGAGUAUGCUAAGCCACACAACGCCAUGUCGGCUUCGGAACCCAAGACGGGAACUCCGGAUUUCAUGGCCGUGGAGUAUCAACUCAAGGACUGGUUAUUUUACGAGUGGGACGUCCCUUCGGACCCCACCCUCACUGGACGCACACCCCAUCCUCCGUUCAUUGUACACCACCUCCACGAUCUCGAGUCGCUCUGUUGGGUCUACGUCUGGUUCUUCCACUUCCGCAUCCCUCACCAGUCAAUCGUCAAGCUUCAGGAAACGGGCGUUGACAUUGUGAAGGAUCUCCACAACAACAUCGACCGGAGCUCGAGGGAAUACUUCUUCUGUGGCGUGAACGGAAAUGGGCCGCGAAGCGCCCUCAUCACCCGACCCUGGCCUGGGGUCAAGAAGUUGCUUGGAUUGCUUCGCCCGCUUUACCCAUCCCAUCCUCCCCUCCUGGCUCCCAUUGGGUUCUUCAUGAAACUACAAGAGGCCUACAUGACUAUCCAAAAGGCAGACCUGGUGCAAGCUCCCGAUGAAACCUGGCGCCUGCCUGUCUCGACCACGGUCACCGGCGACCUCUACACGUCGUUCGGCCAACUCAUGCGCGACGCCCUCGAUUCGUUGGGCGAGGAGCGGCUGCCCGUCGAGAAGUUGAGCAAGAUGCUCGACCUCUGCUCGCCGGUCGUGACGGCGGACACGGCCGAGGUGGACAACGAUGAGGGGGCCGAGCCCGGACAGCCGCCGCACAAGAAGCUGAAGAUGCUCAACAACGGUCCUGCCGCUGGGAGGAAGAGGGGAGAGUGA